AUGGUAAUAGUAAGUAGCAGGGAAACCUCAGAGAACGAGACGAGGCCAUUGUCAUUGAAAGGGAUGAUAGGUCAGUUAAUGCAGAGCAAGAUGCAGAUUUUUAUAUCCAUCCUUGCAAAUGUUCUUUUCCUCCACCAUGCAUGCGGGAAGAACCACAAACCAAAACCUACUGAUGUUGAUGCAACUGCAUACACAUUUGCUUUGACAGUUGUAGACAGUCUAGCACAUGCUGACAAAACGACACUUGAUCUUGGAGAAUCAGCCAAACUUAAAUUUGCCAUGACAAUCGACACCUAUGAAUCAAAUAUGGAUUUUGCGGGCGCACGUGUAACUAACUGCAUCGUUGACAAAGUGGCGGCAUUCAACUCUCCAGCAAUCAAGUUUAUCGACGGAGAUGGGUGCUUCUUGGACGUGGAUAUUUUUGAGAAUAUGAAUACAAAUGUAGGUUUCGUUAAAGAUGUGUCAUCAACCCUGGACGGAAAUAUAAAAACGUACAUUGCAUACUCACCUAAAUUCGAGAUGUCUGCAUUUACAAACAAUCCGGUCGAUGCUGCUAAUGCCUUGUAUUUUAGAUGUGACGUCACACUAUGUAUGGAGGACAGUGACACAACAACCGCUGGGCAGUGUGGAGCUGCUCACUGUUCCCGUUCGAGUAGAAGGAAGAGAGAUGCUCAUGAGCGUUCAGGCAUGUUUGUAGAAGCUUCAGUAAACAUUACAAAACAAGGUACAAAUAAAGACUGCAUUAAAUGUUCAGAAACAACUACCUUCAAGUUAUCCAUCGGUGUUCUUGGUACAAUAACAGCUAUAGUUUUUUGGUCUCAUGGUACUGUCCUAUACCGAAGCUAGACACGCAGCAAUGUCGUUGUCAAGGAAACACCGGAAAAUCGAAGACCGGAAGCGACUACAGUAAAGAUUCGAGUGUGUCUCCUUCAUCUUGUUCAGUAACAGGAAGUGACGAUAAAAGAAAUAGAAGCUGACUGUCAAGAAAGUGAUGUGUUUUUUCGCAUAUGUCGAAAGCAACAUUCAAAUGAAAAAUAGCCAAAAGAUCAAGUUGAUAAUUUCUUUUUUUCUACGACUUUUUCCUUCAUUUUUUCUUUUUUAUGAAAUGAGCUCAAUUAUUUUAAUACAAUAUUAUGAAUUAUUUUAGUUACUUUUAACAAUGGAGAGCCCUUGACACUCUCCAA